AUGAUGAACCUUUCGACCUCUAAAUCUUUUUAUGUUUGUUCUUUCCUAGUUUUGUUUUAUCCAUUUGUUGUGACAGCUACAUUUAAAUCUGAUUAUAAAAACUAUUCAUUUCCUGCUCUUAUUGCAUUUGGUGAUUCAGUCUUGGAUACAGGUAACAACAACUAUAUUCCAACAAUAGUGAAGUCGGAUUUCAAACCAUACGGUAAAGAUUUCAUCGGAGGAAAAGCGACAGGAAGAUUUAGCAACGGAAAAAUCCCGUCAGAUUUUUUCGCUGAAUAUUUUGGGAUUAAGGAGCUCGUGCCGCCCUAUCUCGAUCCGAAUUUGACUACAGAAGACCUCUUAACUGGAGUAUGUUUUGCGUCGUCUGGUUCAAGAUAA